AUGUUAUUCUUAGGUCUUUCCAAGCUGAUGAUCACAGGAACAUGUGAGAAAGUUAGUUUGGAAUGUAAGAAACUUGCCGAGACUAUGCCAGGCUUUCUAUACUUCACCGCUGGUAUUCAUCCUCAUGAUGCUAAAGGUUUUGGUGAAGACUCGCUAAAUACACUGAGAGCGCUACAGUCUCACAAACAAUGCGUAGCCGUAGGAGAAUGCGGGCUAGACUUUAACAGGAAUUUCUCUCCACAAGAUGUUCAAAAGAAUGUUUUUAGGAAACAGGUAGAGUUAGCUUGUGAACUCAACAAACCGCUGUUUAUACACGAAAGAGAAGCCCAUGAAGAGAUGGUGCGGAUAUUGAGCGAUGCUGGGGAAAGGUUGCCGCCAGCUGUUAUGCAUUGUUUCACUGGUACUGAAGAGGAAGCAAAGAAAUACGUUGAUAUGGGCUUGUAUAUAGGCUUGACUGGUUUCCUAUGGAAGGACCGCCUACCAAAUGGUGUGCAGGCGGCUUUGCGCAAUGGCUCUAUACCCCUAGAUCGAUUGUUGAUAGAAACCGAUGCUCCUUUCAUGUAUCCGAAGAUUAAUGAUAAAAAGCUGCCAUCUGAUGUUAAAGAAGCUAUAAGUGACUCUGCAAAACAGUUGCAUAAGUUCGCAUCGUUCAAUCGCAAUGAGCCUUGCGCUUUAGCAGCCAUUUGUGAAAUGAUAGCUGCUUUUAUGGGAAAGGAUCCAAAAGAGGUAAUAAGGGUCUUUAAUACCCCGUUUCGUAAGUUAUUGCGGAAUUUUAAAUGGUCAGUUUAG